AUGCUUCUGCUUCAGCUGCUCGCCCUUCUCUGGUGGAGGGAGGGGGCCGAGGGCCAGGGGAGGCCCAGGAAAAAUUACAAGGAUUACAAACUGCAAGUGCAGGGGUUGGUGACGGUGCAGGAGGGUCUGUGUGUGCGGGUGCCCUGCUCCUUCUCCUACCCGCGGGAUGGCUGGAAUGUGUCUACUCCAGCUCAUGGCUACUGGUUCCAGGAAGGAGCCAGUACAGACCGAGAUCUUCCAGUGGCCACAAACAACCCUGAUCAAAAAGUGCAGGAGGAGACCCAGGGCCGAUUUCACCUCUUUGGACACCCUCGGACCUACAACUGCUCCCUGGACAUCAGAGAUGCCAAGAGGAGGGACAGUGGAAGAUACUUUUUUCGGGUGGAGAGAGGAAAUACAAAAUUUGAUUACAAAUUUAACCGUCUCUUUGUGCAUGUGUUGGCCCUGACCCACACACCCCUCAUCCUCAUCCUGGGGACCCUGGAGUCUGGACACCCCAGGAACUUGACCUGCUCUGUGUCCUGGGCCUGUGAGUGGGACACACUGCCCAUCUUCUCCUGGACGUCAGCUGCCCUCACCUCCCUGGGCCCCAGGAACCACCUCUCCUCUGUGCUCACCCUCACCCCACGGCCCCAGGACCAUGGUACCAACCUCACUUGUCAGGUGAAGUUCCCUGCGGCUGGUGUGACUGUGGAAAGGACCAUCCACCUCAACAUGUCCUACUCUCCACAGAACUUGACCGUCACUGUCUUCCUAGGAAACAGCACAGCACCCACAACCCUGAAGAAUGGGUCAUCUCUUUCAGUCCUGGAGGGCCAGUCCCUGCGCCUGGUCUGUGUGGUCGACAGCAACCCCCCUGCCAGGCUGUGCUGGGCCCACAGGAAUCAGACCCUGAGCCCCUCACAGCCCUCAAACCCUGGGGUCCUGGAGCUGCCCCAGGUGGAGUCGGGGCAUGAGGGUGAAUUCACCUGCCAAGCUCAGCACCCUCGGGGCUCCCUGCACGUCUCCCUCAGCCUCUCUCUGCAGAGAAAAGCGUGGUCUUUAUCAGGAGUGGCGCUGGGUGCAGUCUGGGGAGCAAGUGCUAAGACUCUGCUCUUCCUGUCCUUCUGCGUCAUCGUCAUCAUAGUGAGGUCCCGCAGGAAGAAAGCAGCAAGGCCAGCAGUGGGCUUUGAAGGCAUGGACAUGGAAGGUGCAAACCCUGACACAAGUCAUAUCCGUCCACCUGGACUUUUCAUCGUCAUCAACCAGAACAAGGUUUCUUGCCUCUGGGUCUUUGCAUAG